GGAUGUCUUGGCAUCCUGUGUUAUUGUUAUAAUGAGUGUCUGAACAGUGUUCGUUUCGUGCAGUGUGACACCAUGACUAGGUGUGGGAGGGAGCUGUACUCCUCAGUGGCAGCACUGUGAUAGCAUUACUGUAGUGGUUCCCCAUGGUGAUAAUUUUGAUACCCGGGUCUUUGCCCCUACCUGCCCCUACGGCCAGUGGUAAUGCCCCGGUGGAAGCGCGCCCAAGGGAUACCUUCUUGUGGCUCAUCUUAGUGGUGGUGACCCGAACCUGUGCCCUCCCCUAAGGUGAUGUCCCGAGGUGUCUAAAAGGCUGUUUCCAUGAGGAAGACAUUCCCUCCUAAAGUGAUGCCAUUUUCCAAUCCUAUCUCUUGGUCAUGGUGUUCCCUGCAGUUGGUGUCUCCAUUGGUGGCAGUAACUAGUUGCUGAUAUCAGGGCUGGUGGUGGCUGCCAUGGCAGCACCAUUAGUGGAACUUGAACCUGCCCCUGAGGCUGAAGCACCAGUUGAAGUCAUGACGGAUGCAGCAGAAACAGAGAUGGUAGUUCCAGAUGUCCGUGAGGAGGCUGCCCUUGCUGAGGAAGUUGCAGUCCUCUCGGAUGCAAAACAUCCUCCCUUCAUUGCCAUCUUUGUGAAAACUGAUGUGGCAGAGAAGACUCCUACUGGGGAUAUUUCUGGCCCUGUUGAAGCUCCUAUUAUUGAAGAGGCACCUGUUUUGGCAGAAGAGAUUCCUGUAGAAGAAACUGUUGCCCCAGUUGUUGAAACAUUUGCUGUGGAGGCUCCUGCCCUUCCAGAGGAAACAGUUGUCCUUGAAGAAGCAGAUGCUUUUGUGGAAGAUACUCCUGUUGUUCUUGUGGAAACUAAUUCCCUCACAGAAGAGACUGAGGUUCCUGCAAGCGAGAUUUCAGUCAUCUCUCAAGCACCAGUCAUAGUGGAGACUCCAACUCUUACUGAAGAGACUGUUGUUACACAGGAACUUUCUGCUCCUGUAGAAGAGACUCCUGUUCUAGUGGAAGAGGCUCUUGCUCCUGUAGAAGAGACCCUUUCCCUUGUAGAAGAGGCUGUGGCUCCUGUGGAGAUCCCAGUCAUCCCACAGGCAUCAGUCAUUGUUGAGACUCCUGCACUUGAAGAAACUUUUGCCACUCAGGAAUUCUCUGCUCCAGUAGAAGAGAGUCCUGCUCCUGCAGAGGAAGCACCAGUUCUUGUAGAGGAGACUGUAGCUCAUGCAGAAGAAACAGCAGUUCUCAUGGAUGAGACAGCUGCUCCUUUGGAAGAGACAGUAGUUCAUGUGGAAGAGACAGUAGUUCCUGCAGAAGAGACAGCAGCCCUUGCAGAAGAGACAGUACUUCAUGUAGAAGAGACAGCAGCUCCUGCAGAAGAGACAGCAGCCACCGCAGAAGAGACAGUAGCUCUUGCAGAAGAGACAGCAGCCCCCACUGAAGAAAUGGCAGCUCCCGCAGAUGAGACAGUAGCUCUUGUAGGAGAGACAGUAGCUCUUGUAGAAGAGACAGUAGCUCCUGUAGAAGAGACAGUAGCUCCUGUAGAAGAGACAUUAGCUCCUGCAGAAGAGACAGCAGCUCCUGCAGAAGAGACAGCAGCUCCUGCAGAAGAGACAGCAGCUCCUGCAGAAGAGGCAGUAAACCCUGUGGAGGAGACAGCAGCUCCAGCAGAAGAGACAGCAGCUCCAGCAGAAGAGACAGUAGCUCCAGCAGAAGAGACAGUAGCUCCUGCAGAAGAGACAGCAGCUCCUGCAGAAGAGGCAGCAAACCUUGUGGAGGAAACAGCAGCUCCAGCAGAAGAGACAGUAACUCCAGCACAAGAGACAGCAGCUCCAGCAGAAGAGACAGCAGCUCCUGCAGAAGAGACAGCAGCUCCUGCAGAAGAGACAGCAGCUCCUGCAGAAGAAAUAGCAGCUCCUGCAGAAGAAAUAGCAGCUCCUGCAGAAGAGACAGCAGCCCCUGCAGAAGAGACAGGAGCUCCUGCAGAAGAAACAGCACCUCCUGCAGAAGAGACAGCAGCCAUGGUGGAAGAGACAAUAGCUCGUGUAGAAGAGACAGCAGUACCCAUGGAAGAAGAAACACUUGCUGUUGAAGAGACAGCAUCUCCUGCAGAAGAGACAGUAGCUCUUGUAGAAGAAGUGGCAGCUCCUGUUGAAGAUAUUGUAUCUCCUGUGGAAGAGACAGCAGUCCUUGUAGAAGAUACAGCAGCUCCUAUAGAAGGAGUAGUAGCUCAGGUAGAAGACAUAGCAGCCCCCAUGGAAGAGACAGUUGUCCUUGCAGAAGAGACACCAGUCCCUGCAGAAGAGACUCCUGCCUUUGUAGAAGAGAUUGCAGUCCUUGCAGAAAAAACACCUGCACCUGUAAGUGAGUCUUUUGUCCAUGUCAUGGCUAGUCCUAAUACCAACCAGUUCCCCUUGAGAGAUGUCAUCCAUCCAAGUACUUCAGCCUCAGAAGUAAGACAGCUGGUGGCAGCAAGGCCUCAAGUGUUGUCUGUGGGCCCAUUUGCCUCUGUUCCAGCUCCCCAAAAUCGGUUACACCACUCAGUGCCAUCCACUCAUCACACUCAUGGACUGCAUUUUGCUCCAUCAAGGCCAUUCACUCACAGUUUUCAUCAGGUUCAGGCUCCAGUGGCCCAGCCUGACCCCAUAUCCCUAGUGCCACCACAGUUCAGGGCAUUUAUCUUCCCAAAUGAUGCACCUGAUGUACUGGCUGCUAAGAUCAACUUUUUCCAGCAUUAUUCAGCUCGUGUCCCACAAAGGCAUGUGUUUGGUUAAAUUGGCUGUUUGAGGCUGAGUGAUGGUAAAGCAGGACAAAUCAUACAUGUCAAGGAAAAGUUGUAAGAGCAUAUACUCAGUCUAGGAACAGCAGCACAGUUGUUGACAUUCCUAUGCAUUGCAUAUAGACAUAGUACUCAUAUAUGCACGAGUUACAUGAAGUUUGACAGAUUCUGAGUUUCUCUUAAUUUUUAUCAAAUCAAGAAUGCAUGUUUGAAAUAUUUUUUUGACUGGUGCUAAUAUGUACAUUGAUUAUUGUAAUUGGUAUCAUCUCAGAAAACUCAUUCAUUACUCAGCAGUAAGAAAUUUGCGUUCUGACAAUGAUGUCAGUUUCCUUUAUCAGUAGUACUGUGAUAUCAAGACAUACUUUGCAUUAGGGUUCCUCUUUUUACCUAAGUAUUUUGAAAUGAGGCAUUGUGCAUGUAGAUGAUGUGUGGAAUGAUUUGUUUUCUCUGUGGCUGUAUAUAUGUUGCUUGUGUGUACAUAGCAGCAAGGAGGAGCAAGGGAGGAGCAGCCACUCUAGUCGAUGGUGCAAGGCAAGGCCUGUUGUCAAGCUUCUGACUCACUAUUGUUAGAUUCUGCUGUUUAUUUAUUUAUUAAAACUUUGCUUGGCUGAAGAAAAGAUUUAUAGCUUAGAAUUGUGAAAAUAUAAAAGUGAAAAAUGUAUAUCUUAUGUAUUCUAAGCUAGUGAAUUGUUGGUGAGCCAGAAGGUGUCAGGGCCUCAGAGCGGUGGUGCAGUACAAAGACGUCUCGUACAUGUUCUAACUAACUGUAGUGGUAACACUGGAGAUGGGACUCCCUCAUAGCAAUCCCAGUUGAUUCACUAGAAAGCCUGCAGAACACUCCCUUUUCAGUAAUGCUCAAUCUUUUCUACUUUUUUGGCUGUUAGUGAUAGAUAUUGCAAUUAUAGUCCUAUGCUGUCUUCCUUAAUUCUUUCUAACUCUUGAAAUCUAUAAAAACUGAAAAUAAAUAUUUGAUCAUUUUAAGCACUUUAUCCCUUUUUAGGACAAAACCUUUGAUUAAAUGUAUUAUCGAGCAAAAUUUUAAAGUCAAUAGGAAAAAGCAAUUUGUAUAUUCAUGGCCAUAAGCCAUCACCCUGUCAUCUUCCUUAGUUGCUUGGUUUCAAUCUCUGUUCUUUACUAGGUAUAUUUUUGAAAUAAAUGUACUUCAUA